AUGGCGACGAUGGCUACGUUAACGCUCGCGGCGUCCGCGUCCGCGCCUCGCGCGUCCGCGUCCGCGGCGUCGCGCGACGGCGCCCCGCCCCCGCGCGGCGCGUCCCCCGCGUCGCACGGAUCUCGCGCGCGCGUCGCCGCCGCGUCGCCGCCGAAUCCGCCGCGGCUCCCGGGGACCGCGCGAACCCGCGCGUCCGUCUCCACGGCCGCCGCGAGCACGUCCGUGCGCUCCACGCUCGCGGACGAGCUCCGCGGCGACUUCCCCAUCCUGCAUCAGACGCUCCCGGACAGCGGCAAGCCGCUCGUCUACCUCGACUCCGCGGCGUCGUCGCAAAAGCCGAACGUCGUCAUCGACGCGCACGCCGCCUACUACCGCGAGAUCAACGCGAACGUCCACCGCGGCGUGCACUACCUCAGCGGCAAAGCCACGGACGCGUACGAGCUCGCGCGCGUCAAGGUGGCGGACUUCAUCGGCGCGGAGACAGACCGCGAGAUCGUCUUCACGCGCAACGCGUCGGAGGCGAUUAAUUUGGUCGCGUACACGUGGGGCGUCGCCAACUUGAAACCGGGGGACGAGGUGAUCAUCUCCGAGCUCGAGCACCACAGCAACAUCGUGCCGUGGCAGCUCGUGUGCGCGCAGACGGGCGCGACGCUGCGGCACGUCGGGCUCGCGCCGGACGGGAACGGGAUCGACAUGGACGCGUUGGAAGCGUCGGCGCGCGAGGGAAAAACGAAAUUGAUCGCGACGGCGCACGUGUCCAACGUCCUCGGGAGCGAGGUGGACGUCCCGCGACUGGUGAAGCUCGCGAAGAGCGUCGGCGCGAAGGUGCUCCUCGACGCGUGCCAGUCCGUGCCGCACAUGCCGAUCGACGUGAAGACGUUGGGCGUGGACUGGAUCGUCGCGUCCGGGCACAAGAUGUGCGCGCCGACCGGGAUCGGGUUCCUGUGGGGCCGCGCGGAUGUCCUAGAGACGAUGCCGCCGUGGAUGGGAGGCGGCGAGAUGAUCCAGGACGUCUUCAUGGACAGGAGCACGUACGCGCCCCCGCCCGCGAGGUUCGAGGCGGGGACGCCCGCGAUCGGCGAGGCGAUCGCGCUCGGCGCGGCGUGCGACUACCUCUCCGCGAUCGGCAUGGACAGAGUUCACGAGCACGAGGUGGACGUGGGGACGCGUCUGUACGAGCGACUCGCCGCGAUCGACGGCGUGACCGUGUACGGGCCGACGCCCGCGAAGGGCCGCGCGUCGCUCGCGGCGUUCAACGUCGAGGGGCUGCACGCGAACGACGUGUGCACGCUGUUGGACGCGUCCGGGGUGGCGACGAGGAGCGGGCAUCACUGCGCGCAGCCGCUGCACGCGGCGUUGAACGUCCCCGCGUCGGCGCGCGCGUCGCUGUAUCUGUACAACACGAGGGAGGAGGUGGACGCGUUCGCGCGGACGUUGGAGGAGACGAUCGCGUUCUUCCGGGAGAUCAACGCGGGGAUGUGA